AUGGAAAAAACAUCUCUCUUUGGCAAAUGGGACAUUGAUUUGCUAUCCACUAUUGUUAACCAGCAAGGUCUCAAUGAGAUUCUAAAAGUUUAUAGGCCCAGAUAUGUUACAUUCACUGAUGCUCCAACCUGGGUUUCCUCUUCUUUUGGUAACUUCACUACAGCUUCUGCUUUUACUUUCAUUACUAAUUCUGAGCUGAGUAACAGAGGGCUCACUAUUCUCUUCCAAAAAGGCACUAAAGAUGUAGUCAUUGAAUCAGAUUCUGAACAGGCUAUCAAUCAGCUUCUUCAUGGUCCAAACCAAAAUUCACCAUACAAGGCCCUCAUUGAAGAUGCCAAGUUUUUACUCAAAAAGUGUAGCUGUUCUCUGGUUCACACCUUGAGAGAGGGAAACAGAGUUGCUGAUCAACUGGCUAACAUAGGAGUUGCACAAACAGAACAUGUUGUAUUUCUUGAAAGUCCUCUAGAUGAAGUUAGAGCUUCACUUGUAGAUGAUGUAACUGGUGUUAGAUUUGAGAGGGACUAA